CACAUCCCCGGUGUUUACGAGAUAGCAUUCUAUCGAUAGUUAAUAUAGGACUGAUCCAAGUCAUUGGGUUACUAUUAGGAUGGGACUUAACUUUAAAGCGUCACACAAUGCAUGUCAAUUAGCUAGCGCGAGUUGGGUAGAAACGGGCGAAGAACCAAGCCGUUACGUGGCAUCCUAGCUGACAGUUGGCUAACGUUAGUCAAUGUGAAAGGCAAAACACACGCGAGACCGAUCCACCAACUUCCUAAAAGCAAUAGAUCGAAAACGAUAAGACGCGUAAAACACAAUGCUGUGAUUUAAUGCAAAAUUAAGGGAGUUGUGGCGCCACCAUUCAAGUAGCAUACCUUUAAAGUUGAGAUGAAGAGACUGACAGAAGACCCAGGAGACAACCGUUCAAGGCAGGGAAACAAUCAGUAAGGACAAGAAUUGAUGACAGCUAGUUUAUAAAGGCUGCCGAGUGAAUGGGUGGGGCUUGGAUGAGGUCAAAAAUGGAUUGACAUGUUGCAUGCCUAUUAAUCACCAAUGUUAUUUUGUGCAUUCUAGCGCCACACAACAGUUCAAGGUGAUGUCGACAUGUGCUGUCAAAUAUUCGAGUCUAGACAAUGGGAAGUGAAAAUGAUGUACCAUCGCAACACCAAAGGUUGAUAUCAGCAAACUAACCAACAUGGUAUAUUUUGCAAAGAGUGUGUGUAAACAGGCGUAGGUGUAAAUAUAUAAUAUAUAGCCUCACAUUUUACAAACACACUUUGAAACUAUUUUCCUUUUCGCAUUUUUAAUUAAGUCUGCUUGUGGUGGCCGAGACAUAUGUUAUUUUUUUAUGAAGCAGACUUUAUUUGACUGGAAUAGUGUCUAGUCUAGUAUCUGUUGUUGGCAUGUAUGCAAUAAUGCUUGAGAACCCGGGAAUUAUUGUGUGACAACUCGCGACAAUGGCUGUUCAGAGCUCCGAGGCUGAGCAACGUUUUUUAUGGAGGCAGAAUUGAUUUGACUGGAAAAUUAUUGUAACGCUCAGUGGUCUCGUCUGGUAUCUGUUGUUUCACCGUUGAUUUUGCUGCCACCUGUUGACUGUUGCAUUUACCGCACAAUUACGUUUGUGACGUGUAUCAUACACGUCAUAAGGGAUCGUGUUCGUAUGGAACGCUUUCCAUAUGUUUGAAACAGAUCAGACAUUUGACCAUCCAUUCAGUCAUCAAGUUGGCGUUGUUGGUGGUCGAAAAUGUAUUCAUCUGCAUUUUAUUGCAAUGUAAUUGCAUCAUAAGUUUUUGGGGGUGAUACAUCCGGUGAUAAUAUGGAGAAGAAAGAAGUUGAGGUAGGCUUUGUUUUUCAGAUUUUUUUUAUAUCACACAUUUUGAAAGGCAAGAUAAGUAUUGCCAUCUGCCAAAGUCAGGAAUAGUGAGUAGUUGGGUAAAGGUGAUCACCAAGGUGACAUUAUGCAUAGAGGACUUUCUGAAGAGAUUCCAGGGUCAGAGGUCAAAGGUUAUAUAAUCUUUUGAUAAAUAAUGUAGGCUAAUUAAUGAGAGUCUGAGGAAGGUGAUGUGUAAAAUCUCAGUCACAGGACACUGAAGCAGAGAGAGAGAUGCAGGAGGCUGAUCGAGAAUCAGCCGGCCCAUCUCAGUCACAGGAGACUGAAGCAGAAAGAGAGAUGGAGGAUGCUGAUACAGAGUCAGCCGGCCCAUCUCAGUCACAGGAGACUGAAGCAGAGAGAGAGAUGCAGGAGGCUGAUCCAGAAUCAGCCGGCCCAUCUCAGUCACAGGAGACGGAAGCAGAAAGAGAGAUGGAGGAUGCUGACACAGAGUCAGCCGGCCCAUCUCAGUCACAGGAGACUGAAGCAGAGAGAGAGAUGCAGGAGGCUGAUCCAGAAUCAGCCGGCCCAUCUCAGUCACAGGAGACUGAAGCAGAAAGAGAGAUGCAGAAGGGUGAUCAGGACUUAGCCGGCCCAUCUAACACAUGGGAGCCACAUCAGACUUUUCAUUGCAACCUAUCCUUGGCCCAGAGAAGCCCCUCCUCAGAACUCAAAUUCUUAGGAGAGCAGAUGACUGAGAAUUCACCAUAUUUGAGGCUCAUGCUAAGUGCAAGAACAUCCUGUCAUGGGUGAAGAAGGCCUCUUCAACUGAGGUGGUCCCUGCCCUUGAUCUCAGCAUGGAUAGGGAUUUGCCCUGGACACCAUCAUCAUCAUCAACCUCCUCCUCCUGGUCUUCAGUCGUAAUCAAUGUAGCAGAUCUGGGAGCGGCCUCCACAUGCCGCAGCAUCAGAUUCAGCCUUGGGCCAAGUCAUGGGCCAAGCGAGGUCGCCAACCCUAGAACUGGUGCCAGCACACGGAACCCAACUCCCUUCCCCUCCCCCAUUUUCUCAGAGGAGUCUUUGGGAAAUGAGGAAGAGGAUGACAACCUAAGAAAAUAUUGCUCCGCAUCUGAGGACAGAGAUAAAGAGGAUUGGGACAGACCCCGCUCAGACCCCCUGAGGUCUGUGUUUGGACUGUCUCACAGCUUUAUCUUCAGUCAGGUUCACAGAGACGCCCACAGGUCCCUGAGUGAGGUCAUACUGCCGUCCAUCCAGAGGAGACCGAAGAAGAUGAGGCCUAUUAUUCUGUCUGCGGACACCAGGCUGAUCAUGGCCAUUGUGGAGAUCAUCAUCAAGCAGAUAAAUGCAAGACUAGCCCAGAUUGUGCUGAAAGGAUGUGACAGUCAGGGAGCCGAAGCUCCUUCGACCAGCAUCAGCUCACCGAGCAGUCAAUUUGCUGAGCAGAUGCUGAGGAUAAUCACAACCACAAUGAAUGGCCAUAUCAUGGGACAGAUGGCGCUCACUCGGCUGUCUGGAAAGUCCCCUCUGGAGAUCGAGAGCAGGCUUGAGACAGAGCUAGGGCCACUGGCAGGUCAGGUCAUUGUUGCAACCAUCAACAGCAUCCAGAGGGCGAAGAGCGAUGCUCAGACAGGACAUGAGGUUCGGGUGUCCUCACCUUGCACCUACUUCCUGUCAGCUGUGUCGGCUGAGGUGCAGAGUCUGGUGGUCCAGAGAUCAGGGACCAGGAUGUCAGCCAGACAGUCAGGCAGCAACCACCUGCUGAACCUGUCUCCGGCAAAGAUCACCAGGGCCGUCGAGUUGAAAAUGGCUGAAAUGUACGGCGGAUCCCUGUGGGAUUGGUCCAUGUCCAGUGAUUUGGUGGAUUUGGUGGUCGAUGAUACCCUGGAUGCCCUUGGAUAUCUAGAGAACCAGUCAUUAUCCGGGCCCCAGAGCGUUGGCUACCGGAACGGGAUUGAAGACCUCGACAUUGAUGGUGUGGCAAGGGACAUGGUCCAGAAAGCUGCAGUCAAACUCAAGGCAUCCAUGUCUGAGCUUGAGCUGGAGGUGGGAUCCAGAUCCUCACAGGGCUGCAGUGGUCCCUCGAACCACUCACCUCUGUCUCGCUCCCACUCCGACCCGAGGAUGCUCCCUGUCUGGUCAGCAGCGGGAGUCAGAACUGUCCUGCAAGUGUUAAAAACAGAGCUUGACAGCAACUCAGAUGAGUCCUUUGAUCCGCUCCAGAUGGCUAGAAACCUUCUAGCACGUCUAGCGUCGGGUGUCAAGAGCAUCGACAAUCUGGAAAUUGGUGAGAUGCUUCAGGGCACCUCAGCAAUCAUGGAGCCGGAGGCUGUGAGAGAACACCCAGAAAUAUCUUCCACUGCCAUCUACCACUCCCUGCUCAUUGAUUGUCCUUUCCCACCAUCAGAGAGGGUUCAGGAAACAAUUAUCCUAAGCCAUCCACUCACUGCACAGGACGUGACCACACAGAAGAAAAAGCAGCAUUCUGCUGACCUUCAGACCGACAGCCUAAUGGCAGAAUACCCUGCCAAGGCACAACGGGUAGUGACUCAGGUCAUAAGAGAUUCUCCUUUAACCGUGGACAUCCUGUCAGCCCACGUCUCCUCAAAGAACAUUGCUGAGGCCUCAACUCACGUUCUUGAGUCCCUUCUAGUGGACUUAAACGAGGCAGUUGAGGUGAGUAGGGCAGAGCGGAGCAAGUUCUGGGAACAGGUCCAGUUAUCCUCCCAGAAACUUUACAGCACAGCUGUGGACAAGCUGAAGAGUUUGUACACUGGUUGCCUCCUCAACAAUGAGCAAGACCACCAGGAUACCCAUGUAACCGCUGACAAAAUCCAGGACAUGGAAGUGUCUACCAACAAUGACCUCAAAGGCCCAACAGUUGCAGUCAGCCAGGAGUUAGUCCGACACAGCGCAAAGAAGAUCCUCACAAAGGUUCUGAAUGUGAUCAAAGCCGGAGUAGCUGGCUCAGAGCGCUCAUCUGUAGGCGAGCAGAUGACCAAAGAGUGCCAAGUUGCCACAGAGAUGUUGGGCUCCAUUCUGAACAGACUAGAAGAUGAUGAGCCUGAUGUGGGUGAAGAGGAUCAUCUUCAUGUGAUGUCUGUCCGUGACAUCUACGAGGAUGUCUCAUCUAAAACCUCUCAGGUUUGUAUGGUGAUGAGUAGCCAGGCGAUGGACGCGUUGACCGAUGAUGUGUCUGCCGCAACCUUUGUGCAUGAUAUUGUGUACAGGUCAGAGAGUUGUCUCUCUCAGGCCACAAGUACCCACAGGUCAGGCACUAGCCAGGCCUCCAGUGACCUUGUUGUUGAGUACAUGUCUGAGCUCCAUGCCAACUGCCUUGACACCACAUUGCCUGUGAGGUGCACUUCUACAGCUGUUGGCGAUACAGAGACUUGUCAUGUCCCCUCUGCCAGAGUGAAGAAGAAGAGUCAGGGCCGGAGGUUCAGUUGCUGCCCAAAGUUGCCAACGGUCAGGAUCAAGGUGUUCAAGGGCAGAGUGGAACCAGAGAGCAACCCCGCUCAAAAGGAGCUGCCUUCGCAGUGUUUCAGCACCUCUCGAGUUGCGCUGCAUGAUGAUCAUCUUGUCUCAUUCAUUCCCCAACUUGAGGAUGACCUGCCACCAGCACCUGCACAGGAGUCCCGUAAACGUCCCCUGUUGGUCAGGGUGUUCCGGGCCAUUUCCAGGGCCAUCUCAAAGCCAUUCAAGGGCUGUGCUUUUUGCAAGAAGCAUUAGGAAAGGGUUAGCCAUCAACAUCUAAUAAACAUAUUAGCAGCAUUGAUCUGUGUGUCUGCAGUCACAUUUAAUAGACUCUCUUGACAUGGCAUUUUAGCAGACACUUAUCCAGAGCAACUCGGGUUAAGUGCCUAAGUCAGUUUGGAGAUACAAACCAGUGACCUUUUGGUUAUUGGCCCAACACUCUUGACCACUAGGCUACCUGUCACUGCAUGGGUUUUACCAUAUUGCUUAUUCUUUUUUGAUUCCUUCCUAUCUGCAAAGAGGUUGACCCAACUGAACAUUUCACACCAGAUUUCAAUGUUCCAUUUGCUGUUUUAAGUACAUGAUUUCAAUAUAUGUAAUAUACUUGCAAACUGAGAAGGCAUUUCACACCAGAUUUGUUUGUAUUGACCUUGGUGAAAAUGUGUUUAUAUGACAUUGAAGCACAAUAUUAAUAUAAUAAGUGUCUUUUUCAACACAUUUUGAUGCAUACAUUUCCAGUGGGGGAAGGGGUAUGGUUUGUGGCCCAUUAUAUUCUAUACAGCUCUUCGGGAGAGGUUUCCAAGGUCAAAGUAGAGCUAUUAUCAUCCUGCUGAUCAUACAGUAUUUGGAAUGAAGAAGGGUCCAUUAAUAGGGGCUAGGGUCAGCCUGAAACUGAGAAUCUGUUGGUUGGAGGCCAAGGGUGGGCUUGAAAAUGGGCCAUUGACAGUUGCUAUUUAGAGCUUCUGCUUUCCCUUCUGCUCCUUCUGGCAAUUUACAUAAUCCCUCUGUCUCUCUUGCACCCCUUUGAUCGUUUGAUUUGUGAUCACCUCUGUAAAUCUCUUGUAUUUUUACAAAAUAAUUAUCUCAACUAUGGCCUAUGGCUGGAUGGGUACCAGGAGGGAAAUGUAAGAGAAUACAGAUGUGUAUUUGAAAAUAUAGGAAAGUUCCCAAUUCCAAUACUGUAUAUGAAGAUAAUAUGUUCCCAUUAUGCAUAAUUGUUAUGCUUUUUCUAUGCAUAGUCUUUUAUCUUUAUUUUGUAUGAUUUGUAUCUGUCUCUUGCCUGUCUCUCACAUACUUUCACACAUACCCAAUGAUUACACUAAUAUGUACACUCUCAAAGAAAACAUAAAUAAAUACAGAUUGAUGAGAUAGUUAAGAACAUUACAUUCAAAAUACAUGUAAACUUUUUGUCAAUGUCAAAGGCAAUAGUUUAAUAUCUUUCUACAACCCAUGGAGAACAGGGCGCAAGUAUUUUUGUGAGACCGUUUGUUUGUAAAGAGAGAAAAAAAAUCAAUUUAUUCCGAGUUCAGGAGUCAAGAAAAAAGAAUCACGUGAUAGUGAAUGUUGCAGUAAGCCUGCGCUCAAACCAACUGAUUAAUAAAACACCUACACCGUUGGAGCGUUGCGUGGGCUGA